AUGUUGCAGGCUUUGAGAGUGUUCAGAAACACAUCUGCCGCCAGAUGCGCUUCCAGAAUUUCCAGAAACGGCAGAAUUUCUGCAACUUCUGCUGCCACAUUUUCUGUCCGUAGAUCCGCCACCACAAAGGCCGACACGCUGAGCCCCCACUACACGCAAGUGUACAACCCAGCCCAGACCGUGGGAUACGAUAAGCUCGACACGUUUGCCAGACGCCAUUUCGGCCCCUCGCCCGACAACGUGCAGCUCAUGCUCCUGAAGCUCGGCUACAAGGACUUCGACGAGUUUUUGAGCGCCACGGUGCCCGCACACGUUCUCAUCAAGAGAAAGCUUGCCGUUCUGCCGGAGAACGGAUACACCGAGCUGCAGAUGCUUGAGCACUUGGAGAAGUUGGCCGGAAAGAACAAGAUCGUGCGCUCGUUCAUCGGUAAAGGCUACUACGGAACGCAUGUUCCUCCGGUGAUCCAGCGUAACUUGUUGGAGAGCCCAGAGUGGUACACCUCCUACACACCAUACCAGCCCGAAAUCUCCCAGGGCCGUUUGGAAUCGCUUCUCAACUACCAGACCAUGGUUUCGUCCUUGACGGGCUUGCCUAUGGCCAAUGCGUCGCUUUUGGACGAGGGUACAGCUGCCGCCGAGGCCAUGGCCAUGUCUUUCCACAACUUGCGCGGAAAGAAGGCCAAGUACGUGGUGGACUCGCAGGUGCACCCCCAGACGAUCGACGUCAUCCAAUCCAGAGCCUCCAAGCUUGGCGUGGAAUUGGUUUUCCUCCAAUUGAACACCAACGAGGGAGUUGCCGAGUUGGAGAACAUCGCCGCCGAGACCUGUGGUGCUUUGGUCCAAUACCCUGCCACCAACGGUCAGCUCAGCGACUACGAGCGUGUCGGUGAGAUUGUGCACGCAAACAAGGGUUUGUUUGCCGUCGCCACCGACUUGCUUGCAUUGACUCUCUUGAAGUCUCCCGCCGACUUCGGCGCUGACAUUGCCUUGGGUAACUCGCAAAGAUUCGGUGUGCCCUUUGGCUAUGGUGGUCCUCAUGCCGCCUUCUUUGCAAGCACUGACAAGUUCUCCCGUAAAAUGCCGGGCAGAAUCGUCGGUGUCUCCAAGGACAGAUUGGGCAACCAGGCGUUGCGUUUGGCCUUGCAAACCAGAGAGCAGCACAUCAAGCGUGAGAAAGCCACUUCCAACAUCUGUACAGCCCAAGCAUUGCUUGCCAACAUGGCAGCCAUGUAUGCCGUCUGGCACGGACCUCAGGGCUUGAAGAACAUUGCAUCUAGAGUAUAUGGAUACACUGCUGUCCUCGCCGCACAAAUCGCUGACAACUCCGCCCACAAGAUCCAAAACUCCGCUUUCUUCGACACCAUCACCAUUGAAUUGAGUGGUGUCUCCGCCGAUGAAGUACUCCAAACCGCUUUGGAGAAGCAUAACAUCAACAUUUUCAAGGUCGACGAUUCUUCUGUCUCUGUUUCAUUUGACGAGACAGUGACCAAAGAGGAGCUUGCUGGCUUGGUUGAGGUGUUUACUGGCAAGCAAGCCGAUUUGCCAGCAGAGCUUCCUCGUAUUCCAUCCGAGUGGCUCAGAUCUGACGAGAUCCUUACAAAUGAGGUUUUCAACACCCACCAUUCCGAGACCGCCAUGUUACGUUACUUGCACUUGUUGCAAAGCAAGGACUUGUCCUUGGCCAACUCAAUGAUCCCAUUGGGUUCAUGCACCAUGAAGUUGAAUGCCACCGUUGAAAUGCAGCUGUUGUCGUUGCCAGGUUUUGCCUACAUUCACCCAUUUGCCCCAGUCAACCAAGCUGAAGGUUACAAGGAGAUGGUCGACGAGUUCGAGAAGGACUUGAGUGACAUCACUGGUUUUGCUGCCACCACUUUGAUGCCAAACUCUGGUGCUCAAGGUGAGUACACCGGAUUGGCUUUGAUCAGACAAUACUUCAAGGCUCGUGGUGAGUUUGAGAAGAGAAACAUUUGUUUGAUUCCAGUGUCUGCCCACGGAACUAACCCCGCUUCCGCCGCCAUGUGUGGUCUCAAGGUUGUUCCUGUCAAGUGUUUGGAGGAUGGUCUGAUUGAUUUGGUUGACAUGCAAGCCAAGGCUGAGAAGCACAAGGACAACCUCUGUGCUAUCAUGAUCACCUACCCAUCCACCUAUGGUUUGUUCGAGCCUGGCGUGCGCCAAGUGAUCGACACUAUCCACAAUGCCGGUGGUUUAGUCUACUUGGAUGGUGCCAACAUGAACGCCCAAGUUGGAUUGACCUCUCCUGGCGAUUUGGGAGCUGAUGUUUGUCACUUGAAUAUUCACAAGACCUUUGCCUUGUCUCACGGUGGAGGUGGACCUGGCCAAGGCCCUGUCUGUGUUGCUAAGCACUUGGUACCAUACUUGCCAAAGCAUCACUUUAUUGACGUUCCUCAUGUUACCGAGGAGUCGAUCAAGGCUGUCAACUCUGCACCAUUCGGUUCUGCCGCUGUGAUUCCUGUUUCUUACUCUUACAUCAAAAUGCUUGGAUCUACCGGUUUGCCAUACGCUUCUGCCUUGGCAAUUUUGAACGCAAACUACAUGUUGUACAGACUUAAGGAUGUUUUCAACAUCAUGUUUGUGGACCACUCCGAGGGCAAGGGUAUCAAGCACUGUGCGCACGAGUUCAUCAUUGACUUGAGAGAGUUCAAGGCUGCCGGCAUCGAGGCCAUCGAUGUUGCCAAGCGUUUGCAGGAUUACGGCUUCCAUGCACCAACCAUGUCCUUCCCAGUCGCUGGAACCUUGAUGAUUGAGCCUACCGAGUCCGAGAACUUGGAGGAGUUGGACCGUUUUGUUGAAGCCAUGUUGUCGAUCCGUAAAGAAAUUGACGCACACGCCAACGGUGAGGCCUGGGGCCAGGUGUUGAAGAACGCUCCACACCCUCUCAAUGACAUCAUCUCGUCGUCGCAAGAGGACUGGGCCGCUCGUGGCUACACCCGUGAGCAAGCUGCCUUCCCACUUCCAUACUUGAAGACCUCGAAAUGUUGGCCAACAGUUGCACGUGUGGACGACAGUUACGGAGACAUCAACUUGAUGUGCACCUGUCCUUCUGUUGAAGAGGUCGCUGGCGAGGCAUAA